AUGCCAGUUCUUCAAAAUGAGCUGAACGAGGUGGCUAAGCUAUGGAAUACUCGUGUUAUCAGGCCAUCCCAUAAUGAAGACUCGCCUUCUGGUCGACCUGAUACAUUGUACUUUAUUCCCGAAGCAACUGGAACAGUCAACUACCUGGUCAAUGUGGAAAAUGCCGAUAUAGAAUUAAUAAAUGAACAGAGCUGUCAAGAGCGAUCCAAUUGUUUGCCCGAAUUUGAAGAGCUUGCGCUUAUUGUCAUGGAGGAGAGGGGACUUUUGUUUCCUGAUAACCACACAGAUGCUGAAAAUUUAUAUUUGGAACUGGUACGGGAUUUGGAAAAUAUGGCAGGAAACUGA